CUUUGAUGGACCAAAAUAAUGGAAGUAAAAUCUCAAUACACAGUCAUGUAAAGAUAUUGGUUUUAUAUGGCGUGUAAACACACUAUACUAGAAGAUAUUUCUUGGUCGCAGUGGAUUUGCCAGUGGCACCAUGAAUGUUGACAGAUAUGAUAGCAUGUUGAUAUGUGAUGUAUGUGGCAAGAGUUUCAGUAGAAGGAACUAUUUAAAUCAGCACCUUAGUAUACAUGCAGAUAAGAAACCCUACAGCUGCUCAGUGUGUUUCAAGAAAUUCCUAUACAAACAGACAUAUGAAGAACAUUUAGAGAGACACGCUAGAAACAAGAAAGUGCAAUGUGAACUUUGUGGGAAAAGGUUCUACAACCAACGGGAGCUGAAAUGUCACAAGAAAAAGCAUGCAGUUAAAGGGGAAUUUCAUUGUCAAGUGUGUGAUCUCUACUUUGUAGAAGAAGGUUCACUGCAAGCUCAUCAUAACAGGUUACAUGUGUCUUAUAGUUGUACAUACUGUUCAGAGAAAUUCCCAAAUAAGAAAGAAAUGAAAACACAUGCAUUUAGACAGCAUAAAGACAAAAGAAAAUCAGAAAAAGAAUUUGUAAAAACCAAGAAAAUGGUGUGUCAGUUUUGUAACAAGACUUUAUGUAACAAAUGGCGCCUAGAAUCCCAUCUUAUAAUGCAACACAAGAUGGAAAAGCAUACUAUAAUUGAAAAAGGGUUAUUACAGUUCAGACGAAGAAAAGGCAUGAAAAACAUUUCAGAAAAUGGUAAUGAAGGUAAUUGUUCGAGACAUGAAAGUGUUAGAAAUGUCACAACUAUAACUGCAGGAGGAGAACUUGUCUGUAAAGGUUCUAUUUCAAUAGCUGAACUAGCAAUACCUAUAACAACAGUCAAUCAUAGAAAAUUACAAAAUAUAAAAUAUAAAGAUUGUUUUGAAGGCACUGAUUUAAAUGUUUUUGAUGCUAAAUGUAAAUCCAAUUUCAACAUUGAUGCAAGUAACGGGCAUUCAAACAUACAGUAUGAUGUUACCAUUGUUAGUGAUAGUGCACAUAAUGAUGGUACUUACAAAACUAAGGAUAAUAUUGUAAAGAAGGUAAAUUAUGAUUCGGCUAGAAAUACCUUUACUUUAGAGAAUGUACAAGAGAAUUGUAAUAAAAACUCCCAGUCCAAAAGCUUUUGUGGAGAUAAAGCUUUGAAUAAUGUAAUUAAAACUGUUGAUAAAACUUCAAAACAUCAUGAAGAUAAUUUAGAAAACAGUGGAACAUUAAGUCCACAGCAUCAUGCCAGUUUUGCAAAUGAUGAUAGUGAUUCAGGUAGUACUUGCAGUGUAGAUCUAACUGAGACAAGGAGAUUGGUCGAAUGUGAUGUAACAGACUCCAAUGAAGAACUACAACACGAGUUUGAUGAAAUUGUUGAUACUGAUGAGAACAAUGACAGUGUUCAGAAUAAGACAAAUAUUGCUGACUGCCAUGUUCGUCCAAGCUCUGAAGCUUUACAAGAAUACUUUGCAAGAUAUAAUAUGAAGAUUGUGGAAAGAAAUAAGGAUUUGACAAAUGUAUGGAAAGAAACAGAUAUCAGAAAUUCAAAUAUUAAAACGUUAGAUGCAGGAAAGCGCAGUACCAUUGAUCUUGGAACUAAAAUAACAACCAGUUUUGGCAAAAGCUUACCUGCCUUUCAAAGAAUAAGUGAUAUGACUCGGUCUAACAAUGAAGAAGAGUUAAAGAAAAGCUCUCGUUCACAACAUUCAAGUUCUUAUUUUGUUGCUGAUGACAGCAGAAACAAUGAUAUGAGUUACAGAGAUCAGAUUUAUUGUAAAAAAGGAACAGAAGCCAGAGUGAAUUUUGAAAAAUGUGCUAGUAAGCAAGAAGCCAUGCCUAAUAUUGAGCUAAGAAACACAGCUGUAACUAAUCAAGAUAUGAAUAUGUCUAAGAAUAACACAAAAACAACAGACACCGUACUUAAGAAUGUAGGUGAAACCAGUUAUAAGACUGAAAGUGAGACAUGUUUUAAAUGUCCAGAAAAUCCUUGCCCUGUUACAGACAAGAAACGACCAAGAAUAUACUGGGUUAAAUAUAAAAAUAUGCCUUUGUCUCAGAAACAAACACAUGUGCAGACUUCAAAAUCUCUGUCAGAACCAAAUGAAAGACCUGCUUGUGCAAUAAAUAGAGUAACAGAAAUACCUUUGUUUGAUAGAAGGGCUGAGAAUAGCAGCUGUACGAAUCUUCAAAAUAAUUCAAGUCAAAGUAUUAAUGUGCGUAAGCCAGUCCCAUUAAUUUUCAGAACACACAGACUUUCAAAUGAUGAAAAUAUUUCAAGCAGCUCACCAACAAGUAUCAGAGGUUUUAAAGAUGUCCCAACCGUUAUUCCUUCUCUACUUAGUUCUGGGUAUGUAAGGAAAACAGAGAUAUCAGAAAACUUUCCAACUAUAGCAAGAGCUCUGUCAUCUUGUCAAAGCGGUCCUGAUCUUAAUAGGGCUCCUGACGAUGAUGCAUGUGUUAGCAUGUCUACCUUGACUCAUAACAAAAAGGAAGGGACAAGUCCUAAGCAAAAUGAUGAAAUGUGUAAGUUAGGACAGAAUCUGUCAAAACUAAUAAAUACCCCCGGGGGUGAAAUUUCAAAUAAAAAGAAGGCAUUUAUAGAUGAACCACCAAACUUUGAUCAGAGUUUACAAAUCAGAAGUGGGGAGAAGCUUGUGGCAGUUCCUUUACGAACAGAUUACCUUGACAACUGCUUAAACAAAGACAGAAGGACAGUUGAUCAUAGAGGUUCAAAUUGGUCUAUGAAAGAUGGAGAAAGCGGCAAUAAAGCUGGUUUGCAAGAAGCUUCAGAGCAAACAUUUCAUCAAAAAAAUACUCUGUACAGGAAAGAAAAUGUUAACAAAGUAUAUGAUCAAUUUGCAGAUGAAAGUGCAAAGUCUGUUGGUGUCUCUUGGCCUUCAGAAUCAUCUAGUGAUCAAACAGUUGAAAGUAGAGAAAAUAUUAGUCGUGAAGAAAACACCAAACAUAUAGCAGAUCUGAAAGAAUCAAAUGAAUUAGAAAUUGUGAAAGAUUCCAUAAAGAAUAAAUUGAACAGAAUUCAACAUUCUGGGGACUACCCAGAUUUUCUGGAUGAAAUUAUUAAAUUACUGCAAACAGAGAAAGAAAGAAGGGGAAAUAAAUGUGUUGAUUAAGAAAUAGAUUAUGAGGCAUAGGAUUAUUUUUUUUGCAAUACAAUUCUGUUUGUUCUUUGAUUCUAUGUAAUGUGCAAUUUGAUGUUAUAGAAUAAAUAUUUAUGAUUUAAAGUAAAAAUGUUAUAGAAUAAAUAUUUAUGAUUUAAAGUAAAAGUUAUUUAUUAACUUUC